AUGGAGAGCCGCGCGGGUGGCGCCAGGAGACUUCACCAGCUCAUCCAAAAGUUGAAUGACAAGCCGGUCAGAGAUCAGAUGCAGAUUUGGGCUGAAGAAAGCUCGCAGACGAUGCGGAGCUGGAGGAGCAAUGCUCAGUUUGCAACUUCGGCGCUGAAAGCCCUCACACGGCAGCACCUCACAUCGAUUGCCAUCUUUACUUUGUCACUCAUGACGGACCGAAGUGUUGAGACCAACAUUGUGCACUACACCACUGUGGUAUCGGCACUGGCGAAAAAAUGUUUCUGGGAAGUCGCAUUGAGCGUCGUAGAGAGCUUCCCGCCUGGAAUCUCAGCAAAUUCCUUCACCUUCAACAGCCUGGUCAGUGCUUGUUCCGGUGGCAGCGAAUGGGCUAAAGCAUUGCAUUUAUUCGAAGAAAUGCGAAAUCUUGGAGUCCUGCCUGACAGCAUUACAAAAAAUGUGGUACUAAGUGCGUGUGAGAAGGGCGCUCAGUGGAGCCUGGCCUUGAGCCAAUGCGCUGGACAGUCUGGACAGGUGGACCUGUCUCAAACCACAAUCAGAUUUAAUUCUGCACUGGCAGCACUGCAGGCUUGUCAGAGCUGGAAACUGGCUGUGCUGGGAUUUAACUCGAUGCGAUCGUCUCGUGCUUGCCCAGAUGAGUACUCGUGCAGUACCUGCAUUAACUCUUGCCAACAUUCUUGGCAGUUGGCCGCCAACGGCCUGGAAGCGCUGUUCAGAUCAGGAUUGUGUCCCAACGAUGUUGUUUAUGGCGCCACUCUAAACUCAUGUGAGAAAAACAGUGCCUGGUCUUUGGCGUUGCAGAUGUCGAAUGACAUUCAGACAAGAAGAAGUCUUUCCAAUCAGUACAUCUAUAAUUCUGUCAUAAGUGCGGUGGAGAAGGCAGGGCAAUGGACAUAUGCAGUGGAGCUUUUCGACGAGAUGCCACGCCACACGGCUCACGAUGCGGUCACCUGCACUGUACUGAUACGUGCCUGUGGAACAAGGAGUUGGACCUCGGCCCUGGCAGUUUUGCACGGAAUGUCUGAACGAUCCAUCGUCCCAACCGCUGCGACCUACAAUGCAGUACUGAAGGCGUGCUCCUCCAAUGGCCUGGACACCACCUUGAAAGUUUGGGCCACCAUAAGGGGCCUGAAUCACCCAGAAUUUCCUGAUGUGCUGACCUACAACAUCAUGAUAAGCGCCUGCAGCGAUGAAGGUGCAUGGCAGUUCGGCCUUGAGUUCUUGAGCGAGAUCGCUUGGCAGGGGUUGACAGCUGAUGUUGUUACAUUCAACUCAGCUAUCAGUGCUUGCGAGAAGCUGGGACACUGGCAGGUUGCUCUGGACCUGGUGACAGAGAUGCUCAGCCUCGCCGUGCUUCCUAAUGGUGUGACCUUCAGCGCGGCAAUCAGUGCUACUGUGCAAUCAAGCAAGUGGCAGGAGGCAAUGUACUUGUACAGCAGGCUGGUGCAAACAGAGCUGCCUACUGUGAUUGCUUGCAAUUCCAUGUUGGCAGCUCUGGGGUCUUCCAGCCAGUGGCAACGUUCUUUGAAGUUUUUGUGCAGCAUGCCCGAGUAUGAUCUGCAGGCUGACACUAUUACAUAUAGUGAGGUGUUGACAGCCUGCCAAAGAAGUCUGCAAUGGCAGCACGUGUUGGAGGUUGUCCAGCUACUGCAAGGCCAUUGUGCUUUAGAUGCCCAAGUUUGUGCAUCGGCCAUCGGUGCUUGUGCGUUGAGUGCGCAAGCAGAAGAUGCAGUCCGUCUUCUUGAAACUUUGUCUCAGACCGUGUGCCUCUGA